AUGCUCGUGAAUUACAAGGAACCCUUGGAUUAUGAAACGAAAGAAGAAGAGAAGCAGGUUACCAUUGAAGCAUUUGCACGGGCCAGAGGACCCGGCAAAGAAGAAGCUGAGGGCCAACAAGUUGCAAAGACAACCGGCGCUGGCAGCGGGUCGUGCUUUGAACAGGCGAGGCAGUCUUUGAACACGGGGAGUGGCCCGCCGCAAAGCCACGAGGACUUGGUGAAGUACUACAUGGAACUAGCUAAGAAGGAAGCCAAGGAGAGGACCAGAAAAGAAGCAACCGAGAAAGCCAAGAAAGAAGCCGAGGAGAGGGUCAGAAAAGAAGCCAAGGAGGAAGCUCAGGAGAGAAUCAGAAACGAAGCAGAGGAGAAAGCCAAAGAGGAAGCCAAGGAGAGGAUCAGAAAGGAAGCAGAGGAGAAAGCCAAGGAGGAAGCCAAGGAGAGGAUCAGAAAGGAAGCAGAGGAGAAGGCUAAGGAGGAAGCCAAGGAGAGGAUCAGCAAGGAAGUAGAGGAGAGGGCUGAGAAGGACGCAAAGGAGGAAGCUGAGGAGAGGAUCAGAAAGGAAGUCGAGGAGAGGGUCAGAAGGGAAGUCGAGGAGAGAGCCAAGAAGGAAGCAAAGGAGAAGGCGGAGAAGGAAGCAGAGGAGAAGGCGAAGAAGGAAGCAGAGGAGAAAGCCAAGGAGGAAGCCAAGGAGAGGAUCAGAAAGGAAGCCGAGGAGAGGGUCAGAAGGGAAGUCGAGGAGAGAGCCAAGAAGGAAGCAAAGGAGAAGGCGGAGAAGGAAGCAGAGGAGAAAGCCAAGAAGGAAGCAGAGGAGAAAGCCAAGGAGGAAGCCGAGGAGAGGAUCAGAAAGGCAGUUGAGGAGAGGGUCAGACGGGAAGUCGAAGAAAGAGCAAGGAAGGAAGCCGAGGAGAAGAUCGCAAAGGAGGCUAAGGAGAAGGCUGAGGAGGAAGCAGAGGAAAAAGCUAGGAAGGAAGCAGAGGAGAAAGUACAGCAGGAAGCGCAGGAGAAGGCAGAGAAGGAAGCAGAGGAGAAAGCCAAGAAGGCAGCAGAGGAGAGAGCAAAGAAGGAAGCAGAGGAGAGAGCCCAGAAGGAAAGAUGGGCGCAAGCCAGGAAUGCUGAGAAGGAAGCAGAGGAGAAAGCCAAGAAGGAAGCAGAGGAGAAAGCCAAGAAGCACGCAAAGGAGAGGGCGGACAAGGAAGCAGAGGAGAAGGCUGAGAAGGAAGCAAAAAAGCAAGCCAAGAAGGAAGCAGAGGAGAGAGCCGAGAAGGAAGCAGAGGAGAAAGCCCAGAAGGCAGCAGAGGAGAAAGCCCAGAAGGAAGCAGCUGAGAAAGCGAAGACAAAGGAGCCUGAGGAGAAGGGCGGCAGAAAGAAGAAGGAAGCGCUACCGAAGAAAGGCGUUCGAACGAAAGAGCAUGUGGAAGCGAUGUUCAGCAAAAGAGACGCGUCAAUGAAAUCAAAGUGA